AUGGAGGCUGGGGGAAGAGCGCUACCGAAGCCUAUUAAGCGCGAGGCCUCGCCAGGCUUUGACGCCGGAACCGACAGCGCGAUUUCAAAGCGCCAGUGCGAUGAGGCAUCUGGCAUAGUUCAUCCUCAGAUCCAGUUCCCGUGGCAAACUUGCCGAGAUCUGGACGAUGUUGAGCGCCUAAAGAUCAAAGAGAAGGCUGUCCGACAAGCCAGAAAGAACUGCCUAAGAAUCAGUCGUUUACUUAAGGGUACCAUGGAGCAGCUCAAACAACGACAAGACGCAAAGUAUUCUGUUAUGAUGGGAGAGAACAUCAUCAAGCAGUGGUGUAACGAUUAUGGCGAGUACUACUCCGAGUAUCUGAUGCUUCUUGAAACUUUGACUAAUAUUCGGAAAGACAAACUUUGCAAAUCGAAGAACAAACUCGAGAUUCUAGUAGGCGUGGAGGGUCCUACUGGUGCUGGAAAGUCGUCAUUCUUGGGAUGCCUUUUGGGCAUUCCUGAAUUGUUCCCAGCGGGCCAAGAAGCUGCCUCCACUGCUGUUGUCGGCAAAGUAUCGUGGAACUAUUCGAGCAACUGUCAUGACAAGUUUCGGGCUACAAUCGUGUUUCGAAAGAAGGCUGAAGUCGAGAAUGACUUGGUGUCUUUGCUACUGGAGAUCAAUCGAUCAGCUGCUCUCGAAGAUAGCGACUUUGGCGAAGAGGAUGACUCCAUAGAAGGUCUUAUCGCCGCCAAGAUCGAAUCAAAGGAGAGGAUCGACUACGAACUUCCCAAAGUCAAAGCUGUCUGGGGACUUGAUAAGCACGGCGUGGUGGAGCUCGCACAGCAGCACUCUGAUGAGCGCACUUACAGCGAGAUAGUCGCAAGUAUACUGGAGACAAAUCCGGAUGCGCUCCAAUACCUUGAUGCUGGUGAGGAAAUGGUGAGCAGCGGGACUGCAAUUGAACUGGCGAACAUCAUCAAGCCAUUUCUGGACUCGACCUCCCAAAGCAAUGGAGAUGGAAAUCGUUGGUCUACAUGGCCGCUGGUCAAAGAGGUUCAGAUAUACGCCAAAGCCGAUAUCCUCAAGUCUGGAAUCACUCUAGUUGAUCUUCCUGGUUGCGGAGACGCGGUGGCUAGCCGUUCUGAUAUCGCCCAAAAGUUUGCUCGUCGACUGGAUGUGAGAAUGGUGGUCAGUCCUAUUAUUCGAAUGGCAGAUGAGAAGCAAGCACAGACUCUCAUGCAGAAUGGCUUCGAGCAAGCACAAAUGAGGAUCAGUGGAAAGCUUGAUGGGAACGGGUUCGCCGUUGUUGGAUCGAAAAUAGACGAUCUAAAGGUUGAUACUUAUAUCAACGACUGCAUGGACCUCCGUGACGACGUGGAGCUUCGCAAGAGCCAGACUAGACUCCACGCACUCAUCAAGAAGCAGGCAGACCUGAAAUCCAAACAGUCGCUGCUGAAGGAGACCAGCAAGAAGGCCAAAAGUGCUGAGAGGGGCGCAGCGAAGCAACUUGCGAGCACUCUGAGAAAGCCUGCAUUUAGUCACAAGCUGAAAGAACUUGAAGCCAAGAGAGACAAAACAGCCAUGGAUUCUGAUGAAGCGGACAAGGCACUUGAACAAAAUGAAAAUCGUCUAGAGCGAGCUACCCAGGAGAUAUUGUACCUGAAGCAUUUCAUCCACCAUCGAGCUAUAUCUACGAGAAACAGACGUGUCAUGUCGAACAUUCGAACCAGUUUGGCUCGUAAUCUUGAGGACAAAGACGACAGGAAGAAGCCUGUACAAUCGCAAGGUGAACUAGACUUCUUUCUUCCCAUCUUCCCUGUAUCAACCAGGGCGUUUUGGGAACUGGAAGACAGUCAAAAGGCAAUGGAUGGAUUUCCUACUCCCAAGUUUACUGGAGUCCCUGCUGUUAAGCAGUGGCUUCACAGAGCCACAAUGAGUAAGCGCGAGAAACACCUGGACGAGUCGUUGGACGGCUACCAAAGCUUGAUAACAAUGAUGCGAACCUACUCUCAACCAACUGGCCAUGAUGGUGAGUUUACAUUUACAAGGCAAGAUGUCGAGCACGCGCUUGCUGCGACCCAUGAAACCUUUGAACAUAGAUUGGGUCAAACACUCGCCGCAGCAUCAUACAGAAUCGACAAGCUCAAUCCACUCAAGAAAAAAGACAAAGCCAUGAAGAGAUUCAUAGCAGAAGCCGAAACGAUUGUGUCCAAGUGGGGAAAAAAGUUCCCUGACGACGCUGACAACGAUGCCAAGAUAACAUGGAAUACUUAUGGUGCAAACAUUUCUCGCAAGGGGACGGCCUGGACGACGAAGGGCAACCCACCUAUUAGAUAUAGUUGGAUGGAGAAUCUAGCUUCGCCUGUGGUGGAAAGCAUCAGCAAAGACUGGGACGCACAGAUGAACAAAGAGUUACCAAAGCUCAAAUCACUGAUGAUGGCAUAUUUCUCGCUGACCUGGACUCAAUACCUGGACCAGCUUCAUGAGGUCCUUAGAUCAAAGGUACCGUCCCUUGGUCACAGGUUCAGCAUCAUACGACCGAACCUGGACCGCUCCCAGCGAGCAACCGAGACAAAGAUCCUCGGAACUCUCAACGAUCUUUCUCAAAAGACAUCGAACGUCGUCUUCGAUGCUGUCAACUACCUAAAUCAAGAGAUGAGAUCGACGUUUCAAGCGGCCCUGACUAUCACUGGAAAGAAAUCAUUCGCGAAUCGCAAACACCUAAUCUUGAGCAAGGUGCAGAACGAUGUCCAACCAAUGUGCAAAGAAAUGAUCAAACGCCUGGAGGAUGGACUCGCAGAAAGGAAGGCAGUGGUGCCAGAUCAACUGCGGAAGAUAGCCGGAGAAGCAAUCGCCGGCGUCCAACGGCAAUUGUCAUUUCUGGUCAACAAUCUUGUGGAGAACUCCCGGCAUGAUCUGGAGAUGCGCGCGAAGAAAUCUGAAGUUCAGAAAACAAUCCGUGACAUGAUCGCAAAGUGGGAGAAUGAUUGGACUGAGAAGGGUAACCUUGGCAGUCACAUUCUGGACGAAGAUCUCAGCAUCCCAGACAUGAUCCCCAAGCCCGACUUUGAGUAUAGCGAUGUGGAGGAAGACGAGGAAGAACAACUGGAGGAAGACACUAUGAGCGUGGAUGAGGACGAGAUUGAUGAUAUCAGCGUGGAAGACGAUGAUCCCAAUGACAAGGACUUCAUCUGCGGACGUUGA